GCGCUGUCUCCUGCGGGGAUGGCGGUGGUGCGGCCCUUCGAUAAGCUCCCGGCGCUCAACUCCGCCGUCUUCCUGCUGGUGGGUUCGGACGAAGGCCUCCAGCAGAAGCUGGCGGAGGCGAUCCUCCGAGAGAAGAAGAACUUCAAGAUCAGUAUUCACCUUGCUACAUCCCUCCCCUUACCUUCAGAGAGGGAUCACCUUCGGCCCAGGAUAGAUCUGAUUGCAUUUAUGAUUGACAUCAAGAGCAAAUACAGCUUGAAGAAUGUUGAAGCUUCCCUAGCUCAUGUGGAUGCCACCUUCUUCCUGGGGAAAGUAUGCUUUCUUGUCACUGGGGUUGGCAGGGUGAAUUACUGCAGCGUAGAGAUGAAUGCCAUCUGGAAACUGGGAGAAGUCUACUGCAGUCCUGUACUGUUCUGUGAGCUGGAGUUGGAAGGGAUACGAGUUGCCACUGCUCAGCGACUUGUCCGGAUGUUACAGAUCUGUGCUGGUCAUAUACCAGGAGUUUCUGCCUUGUGCUUUGGCUCGCUAAUGAGGAACUCUGCUGAUGACUAGCUUUCUCAUUGUGAGAAUUCAGCCACAUUCAUCAGUUUUUUCACUUCAGGCAUUCAAGCUGCUGCAGUUGGAAUCACAUUGGGAAGCUUUUUUGCCUGACUUGUCAUGACCACUCAUCCAGAGCUGUUCCUAGUUGCUAAUCUCUCAAGAAAAGCUUGAUUUGUGUUCAGUGGAUAACGUAUAGGUGCUGGGGGGAGGGCAGUUUGAAUUGGGGAUUUCUAUCCAUUAUUACAUCUGAAUCACGUUUCAUGAUCAAGUUUGAGUUUCACCUAGUUUGCCAGUGGCCAGGAGCUAUGUGGUUUACUGAGAGACUAUCAGAAGAACAGGCCACUAUGCCAAAUGCUGCAUGUCAUGGUUGAGUAUCUUAGUUUCAGUGUCCCCAAAGUACUAGAGAAGAGGCAGCAGGCUCCUGCUUCCUUUCAGUUGAAAUAUAGCACCUUGGACUAAUGUGAAACCUCGCUGCCAGGUUUUGUCUCCCCACCAAGAGAAUAAUGGGGAAGGAGGGCUGUCCUGCAGCUUCUAGAUAGACUGCAAUUGGCAGUUAACGGUCCAGCUGUGUAAGCAUCUGGCCAGUGAAGGGCUUAGUAUUUCCAUGCCUGAUACCUAAUUGCGGAGGAAGGGACUAAAGAAGAUAAUCUAGCACUUUAGCUUUCUUUUAGAUCUUUAAAGAAAAAGGCCCUAUCUGUCAAGCCCAGGAUAACAAGCAACCCUAGUCUAUCAAGCCCAGGAUGACCCUAGCAACCCAGCUUCUGGGGCUGACCAGAGAUGGAAAUGCAGCAGACUGGACUACAGCAACAUACAGAAAACACAUGUUGUCUCUUGCAAGUUAGGCGUAUGCUGUGUAUAAUCCCUUAACUAACAGGUUUUUAUCAGUGGUAAUUCAUGCCUUUUUCUUACUGCAAGUCAGUAGUGCGUUUUGGAGUUCUAAGUUAAUAAAAUGUA